AUGGGCUCAACGAUAUCUCGCGUGCGCUCGGUCUUACGCCUACUGCUCGAUAUGAAAGCGGAGUUCGACGCGGUUGAAGCGCGGUUGAAGCGCUCGCCGGGUUUGCCGGCUUCCUCACCAAGCUCGGCGACGACCGAACCGUUCUGGAUGGUGCCGCCUGCGACAAUUGCAGAUCACCAGCCUGAGAAAUUGCCUGAGACCGUCGACGUGGUCAUCAUCGGGUCUGGCAUAACCGGGGCGAGCGUGGCGAGGGCUCUUCUAGAUGAGCAUGGGUCGGGUCUGAAAGUGUUGAUGCUCGAGGCUCGCGCGGCGUGCUCGGGCGCAACGGGCAGAAAUGGAGGGCAUGUCAACCCGCCGCUAUUUCACGAUUAUCUUGCACUCCGAAAGGAGUUCGGGCGCGAGGUCGCCGCCCAGACUGUACGCUGGCGCUUGUCGCACUUAGUCGCUCUUCAACGCGCAGCAGAAGCAGAAGACGCCACUGAACAUACUCAGGUUCGAAUAGUCGAGAGCUUAGACGUCUACUAUUCGCUCGAGGCACUCGAGAAGGCGAAGGAAGGACUGGCAGCUUGGAAAGAGGAUAUGCCGGAGGAGUCGCGGGACGUUCACUGCGUUGAAGGCGAGGAAGCUCAGAACAGAUUUCGUGUCGGGCCUGGCGCCUUAGGAGUUAUCUCAACGCCCGGCGGGGCAGCUCACCCCUAUCGACUGGUCACGACGAUCCUCGCCGGCCUCCUCAGACGGCACGCAGGCACAUUCUAUCUUGCGACUCAUACACCGUGUACAGCUAUCAACUCCCCGUCAGACCAGUCCGGGCUCUAUACAUUGCGUACGCCUCGAGGUACAGUACGGUCAAGUCACAUCGUACAUGCAACGAACGGGUGGACCGCACAUCUUCUACCUGGUUUCCGGACGAAGAUCGCACCAGUCCGCGCGCUCAUGUCUGCGCAGCGUCCUGGGACCGGACUUUCUUCCUCAAUCACAUCUCACCAUCAGGACUUCUCAUCAUCCCAGUCCACGCUCGCGCCAGCGCCGACCGAGCCCGGCGGUCGCGCACACGUCUUCUGGACCGGUUCGAUGGGAUACGACUACCUCACUCAACUCCCUACGGGUGGGCACGAACUCAUGUUCGGUGGCGGCUUUGCGCGCGCGGCGCACAUCUCGUUGGACGAGAUUGGCGAGAUGGAUGAUGGCGGUCUGGACAUCGGCAUCGCGACACACGUAGGCGGAGCGCUGCCCAUGUACUUCGGCCUUCAGAACUGGGGCAAGGAAGGCACCGAUGGUGACAAUGUUGAUGAGAAGGAACGGUGGCUGGAAGGACGUGUGAAGGCGAUGUGGACGGGCAUCAUCGCGAUCUCUGUCGACGGUCGGCCAUGGGUCGGCCGAGUGCCGACUAAGGUCUCCGAGCGCUCAGAGCCUCAUGCAUCGCUCGCUACGCGGGUGUACGCGUCGAAAGAGCACAAUGCGCGCACUGCACCGCCAGGAGAAUGGAUGGCUGCAGGUUAUACGGGAGAAGGGAUGACCAAUGCUUGGCAGGCUGGACGGGCGGUGGCUCCACUACUGCUGGGGAAAGAACCCGAGGAACUUCCCUUACCUAUGCGCGUUACUGAACGGCGCUGGCGUGAAGCCAAACUCGAGAAUCUUUUGGACCGGAUGUAG